AUGACAAACAAGGUGUGGGUUGACGAUGUAGACACCCUGCUCUUCCCAUACAACCUCGAUAACAACCAUUGGGUAGCCAUCGAAGCUGACUUAGUCCAGCGGAGGCUAAGAGUGUACGAUAGCAUAAACAGCGGUAGAACCGACAAGAGUCUACAAAAGAAGUGCAAACCGUUCGCAAAAAUGAUCCCACGCUUGAUACAAGCAUAUAACCGGAGGUACAAAGAUGAGCAUAUCGGGGCGGCGGCAUUUAGUUACUACCGGGUGAAAACACUCCCACAGAACUAUCAACAAGGUGACUGUGGUGUGUACACGUUGAAGUGCUUAGAGUGUAUAGCUCUUGGAGUAAAUUACACAGGCCUAUGUGAUGCGGCCAUGCCUUCUAUUAGGAUGAAACUUGCUGCAGACGUGUUUGAUGAGGUCCCAGACCGAGACUGCUUUCUCCAACUAGAUGCUACGUCGGAGACAGUAGAUUAUCCGGAAGCUGAGUUCAACUCGGGAUCAAAAAGUUGA